AUGGUGCUAGUUCAGAUAAUAUCAACAGGAAUGACAAUUGCAUACAAGUUGGCAAUCAAUGAUGAAAUGAACUUGAGGAUUCUAAUUGCAUAUCGAUCUAUCUUUGCAACAAUUUUUAUCAUCCCCAUUGCGUUUUUUGUCGAAAAGGGUGCCAGGCCAAAGCUUACAUGGACCAUUCUCUUCCAAUCUUUUCUCUGUGCGUUAUUCGGGUUUAGUUUGUCUCAAAAUAUGUACAUAGAAAGUAUGCAUUUGACAUCGGCAACCUUCCCCGCAGCUAUGACAAAUCUGAUUCCCGCAAUAACUUUCACAAUGGCAGUAAUUUUCAGGCUUGAGAAGUUGCGUUUCCGGUCACUUGAAGGUAGACUGAAGGUUGGAGGGACGGUACUUGGAAUUGGAGGAGCGAUGUUUUUGACAUUCUAUAGAGGUUUAGAGCUUCCAAUGUGGUCAUCCGAUAUUUUACACAUUGAACACGGUUUGGGACGUGUUUCUGGAAUAAAACCUCUCGGGGCGAUUCUCUCUAUUGGAAGUUGCGUGUCUUAUUCAUUAUGGCUCAUUAUUCAGACGAAACUUAGCCAGAGUUACCCCUGUUACUACUCCAGCACAGCCUUGAUAGUUUCUAUGGCAUCGGUUCAAUCCGCUGGCUUCGCCUUAUGCACCGUUAGGGACUGGUCAGAAUGGAAGCUCGGGUGGAAUGUUCGGCUAUUUUCAGUGAUUUACUCGGGAAAUUCACCAGUAGAAGACAAUCAUGAUUCAAGUGCAAGAUCAUAG